AUGGCCUUGGCCCGAGGAGUGCCUCCUGAGCCCGGCCGCCCAGGCUGCCGCAGCCGCCUCCACCGCCGCCCAAAUGGGCUCCGCCACCUGCCAGCGAUGAGGACCAGGCGCUCCCUCAGCCAGCUGGCCAGUCAAUCACCUGUGCGCGCCUCUGCCUGGGCGCCCGCCCGCGCGCCCGCACCCGACCCGCACGACCGGCCGCAAAGCGCCUCCGCGGACACCCGACACCCCCCGCACCCGCAGACGUUGGAGGUGUACUCCCCGCCGCGGUGGGCGCAUGCGCGUUCCCAGCAGUCUUUGCGCCUCCCGCGCCUCUGGCCCGACGGGCGGAGGAAGGGGAAGCCGCUAGUCGAGACCCUUGCCACGUCCUCACCGGCGCUGCAGGGGAAGCGACCUCAGCUCCUGUCCAGGAUAGCGUUCUGCGCACCACUAGUCUUCCAAGCGGGCACCUCGAGGGCUAAAGUCUGCCUGUUUUUGCUCUCUGACCCCACACUGAAGAUUCUGCAGGUCUUCCCCAUCACUGGGCACAGGAGGGCCUGGACGGAAGCCUGUCCUCUGCAGCUGCCCCAAAGGCUGCUCCUGCUGGGGGCAACCACCCUGAUUGCGUCUGCGCUGCACACAGCCGACCUGGUGGACCUGUGCGGCCGGACGUGGCAGGGGGACGGGCUGCUGCUGAGCUCGCAUUCCGCGUCGCGCCGCUUCUACUUCGUGGCCCCAGACACCGACUGCAGGCUCUGGAUGCUGGCGGCGGCCCCCGGCGACAGGAUCCGCUUCCAGUUUCGCUUCUUCCUGGUCUACAGCCUGACGCCGGCGGCGCCCAACGCCUCCUCCCCGGCGCCGGAGGACCCCUGCGCCCCCGGGUCCUACCUGCAGUUCUACGAGGGCCCGCCGGGGGCGCCACGGCCUCUGGGGGCCCGGCUCUGCGGCCUGACCAUCCCUGAGCCGGUGGCGUCCUCCGGGGACUUCCUGGGCCUGCGCCUGGUCACCAGAGGCCGCCAGCCCCGCGUGGACUUCGUGGGCGAAGUCUCCUCUUUCCGGUUGGGAUCCUGUUGUGCCUACUUCCGAUGUCAGAACAGCAGGUGCAUCCCCCCGAGCCUGGUGUGCGAUCCCUGGGGCAUGGACAACUGUGGCGAUGGCAGUGACCAGGCUUCGUGGCCAGCAGCCAACUGCAGAGAGCUGUUAUUUCCCACUGCCGGUCCCUCUCCGGUGCCCAGCCAGGAAGGGAGUAUGGAUGAUGGUACCUCCCGGCCCCUGACUCUUCCCCCAGCUCGUGGGUCUGCGGGCCCCCUGGGGACUGCAGAUGAGCGGAGUCCCCCAGCAUGCCGGGACCCUGCAUGACAGGAUGCAGCUCCGGAAGGCCCCAGGCUGCGGGGGUGGCGCUGGCCUCCUCGCUGUUCCUAG